AUUUUCUUACAUGAUCCCCCACACCCUACUGAACUCUUUCUUUCUCACACACAUAUCAAUCAAGAAACCAUUUUUAUUGCAGCAUUUGAAUUUAAAGACUUAAAGGAAGAAUCUUUGUCUUGUUCUUCACAAGUACAAAUCAAACCCAUUAGAAAUGAUAUCUGGUAAUGGGGUUCAUGUGGAAGAUGAAAAUGGUGUGGAAAAUAAUGUGGUGGGUCAACAAAAGUCAAAUGAAGUUGAGUCAACAACAUUGGAAGUGAGUGAAUCUUGUGAGGAUGUUAACGAGUCGAAAAUCUCAAAUUCGGUUGAGGUUAGUACUAAUGAGGAAGUUAGUACUAAUGAGGGUACUUCAAAGAACAAUGAAGUGGCGAAAAACGCGCCGAAAGGCGGUCCAUCGGGUAGUAAGACGAAGACGAAGCCGAAUUCGCGUUUAACGCAAAGUUUAACUUCCCCUGCGAAACCCCGAAACAAUGAGUCCAUGAGAAGUAGCAUGGAUGGGCACCCCGUGAAGGCUCGGACCACAUUAUCUAAUGCGAAUGCGUCGAAUCCUGCUAAUAGAAGAGCUUCCACCGGUAUGAAGACAAAGGAAUCGGGUCCAAAUGCGCUCGUAUCAAGGCCUAAAAAGCCGAAUGGAAGUGAAGAUGGUCCUCCUUCUGCAGACCCCUCAAGCGUUACCCCCGGUGGACAGCAUAAGAACACUGUGGUGGGCUUUUCUUCUAGGUUGGAAGAGCGCGCAGAAAAGCGAAAAGAGUUUUUCUCAAAGAUAGAGGAGAAGAUUCAUGCAAAAGAAGCGGAAAAAACCAAUUUGCAAGAGAAGUCAAAGGAAAACCAAGAAGCGGAGAUAAAACAAUUGAGAAAGACUUUGAUGUUUAAAGCUGCACCGAUGCCAAAAUUUUACAAAGAACCCCCUCCGAAAGUCGACUUGAAGAAGAUACCAACGACACGCCCAAAAUCUCCGAAACUUGGCAGGAACAAGAGCAAUGUGGGUGCAGCCACCAAUGGGGUGUCGGUUAGCCCACGUGUCACUAGAAACAAGACUGCAUCACCUGAUGCCAACGCAACAAACGGUGGCAAAGACAUUUCUGGCGCUAAAAAGACGAUUAGAAAGUCUCAACCCAAAGCUCCGCCCUCUAAAAGUGAAGUCAAAUCUGAAAACUCGAGUGAGAAGCCUGUUGAAGAAGAGAAAGAAUGUAAUGAACAAUCCCAUGAAAGUGUGUCGCCAAAUCCUGUUGAAGUUGAAGGUUGAAUCACGCGGUGAUUUGUUUAAUAUCUGUAUAUGUAAUAGAGUUCGUUUUCUGUUUUUCAAGUUAAUAAGUUUUUCUGUGUUGUGAAUAGCGACUGUAAGUUUUCGUCACAUGUUCAAUGCUCUACUGGUUUAUAUGAUGUAUGAUUUGCUUUUCGUCCUCGUUGCAGAUGUGUUAUGUAUCAUAAUUAAAACAAUAUACGUAA